CGAAAAUUGUUUCGAAUUUGAGCUGAAAACCAUCGAAUUAUGCUAAAUUAUUUGUUCUCUUUUUCAUCUUUUUGCUGUGGAAUCAGUCCUGUUUCUUCAUCUUAGGGUUUCUAAUUGCUUGCUCGUGACUCGCUCAUAAUCAAUUUUAGGUUUGCUUGUUUGAAGAUCAAUGAGGCCAGAAAUGAAGACGAGAGGUUAUGCAGUAGAAAUUACAAACCUAUCUCCUAAUGCAACUGAGAAAGAUGUUCGUGAUUUUCUCGCCUUCUGUGGUUCAAUUCAACAUGUUGAACUCGUCAGAGCCGGUGACUCUGCAUGUAUAGCCUAUGUGACUUUCAAAAAUCCGCAUGCUGCGGAAACUGCUGUCCUUCUCAGUGGAGACACCGUAUUGGAUCAACCUGUACGCAUAACACAAUGGGGACACUGCGAUGAUGAGUAUAAUGUUCACAAUUCCUCUUCAUGGAAGAUCGAAGAUGAUAGCAAUCUUAGUCCUGAGAGACACAAGGCUGCUCCGUCUGCUGGCAAAGCCGUCUCUUUCGCCCAAGACACGGUCAAAGCAGUUGCUGCCAAAGGAUUUGUACUCGGAAAAGAUGCAGUGGUGAGAGCUAAAGCAUAUGGUCAAUCUCAUCAGGUACCGGCAGCUGCAAUAGCGAAGGCUUCACAACUUAGCCAAGGAAUCGGGUUGACUGAUAAGGUAACAGCUGGGAUUGAAGCAGCCAAAUCUGUGGAUCAAAGGUACCACAUUUCUGGUACAACAAGAUCAGCAGCGUACGUCACGCAGAGGGCAGCAGCUUCGGCUGCAAACGCGGUGGUUAGUUCGAGUUACUUCUCUAAGGGGGCUCUUUGGUUGUCCGGCGCUCUAGACAGAGCCUCGCAAGUUGCAGCCGAUCUUGGCAAUCGCGGUGCUGGCAAAGAUAGCUAGUGGAGAUGCUGUGUAUUCUUGUAUAGCAAUUUCAAAGACGACGAAGUGCAGCUCAAUUCAGUUGAUAAGACGUUUCGCUUCUUCUCCAACUACUAGGUGAGAGGUUCGAGUGAUCUAAUGUGCGCAAGUUGGGAAUGUGAGUAUGAAACUGUAAAAAAAAUAUAGCAAUUUCAAAAAGAGACAGAGAAAAAGAAGUUGCAUUGGAAUGUAUGUGUAUAAGUUUGUAUUUGAUGAAUUUGAUUUGAAAUUUUUGGUUUA